CCAGACAGCCAUGGCAACGUGUCCCCAGAGAUGGAGCCCCUCAGACGGCUCGCUCGGGCCGCUGCCGGCUACGUGGUGUGGCAGAACUCCACCGAAAACACUCGCUACGAGCUCGCCCACAUCCAACGUGUGAGGCAAGUGAAAAGAAGUGAUGAUUACCUUGAGUUUGACUACAUGGUUCUCCUGCAUGAAUUUGUGUCCCAGGAGAUUAUUCCCUGGCAAAUGACAGUUCUCUGGCACCCACAGCACGGUGUUAAAGUAACACAGAACAGCCGUCAGCCGCAACACGCCGAGCACUAACGGAGCGCCCCG